AUGGCCCCCGAUGAGCCAGAGUCCAGACCUUUCGCAUUGACGAUCAGCAGUACAACCCCUGCUGCUGUGGCAAAACAAUCCAUUCCUAGCCUAGCCAGUCUCUCAACCUUGUUGUUGUCACCUCAGACCUGCGUGCUAUUAUUGCACCAACAAUCCAAAAAGCAAAAAUAG